UGGAGUCGAGCGGGCUGGUCGCACGUUCAAAAACACCGGCCGUGCGUUCAAACGUCUGUCAAACGGUUGGGACUAUAGUUUAGUUGAGUUUUAGCAAAACGAUAAAAACAAAUGUCAUCAGCUUUUCGUUUGAUGUUGAAUCAAUAAGAAGAAAGAAAAAUGCCGUUCGUGUUGCGGCAAGUGACACCGGUGCGUCUAAGUCGAUUGUCGACGACCGACCAACAAGGUCGCACCAGUUUGACGAACGUAGCAGACGACGAUGACGUGCGUCAGUGCAUCAGCAAUCACACGCUGUCUGCUUGUCUGAGGCAAUUGGCCUCGUUGGUAUCGCUGGCGUCCGACAUCUUUACGCAGUGCCACGACCAAGCCAACGAUUUGCAUCGACGCACCGUUCAAUUACGUCAACGACUCGACCGGCUCCAAACCGACGCCGAUCAGCGUCUCGAUUCACGAGCAGUCGCCAUACCCGAAGGCGAUUUGGCAGCCUUCAGUCACGAUCACAAGACCAAUCACUUCACAAGUGGCAGUGCCGCAGCUGCUACUGCAACACCAACUCAAGUGCCGGAACUGAAUUUGCUGACGGCAUCCAACCGACCCAAAGCUGUGGCCGUCUUGUACGACAGAGCCGCACAGCUGGACGCUUCGCCGGCCGUCAACCGGCCCGAGAGCUUAGUGCUGCUCAUGGCCAACGGCGGCAAAGGCGUCAACGGCUGUUACUUGGACGCGGCCGAUUACGGCCGUCUGAUGGAGCUGGGCGCCACGUUGCGUCGCUCGACGCCGCAAACACCGUUCCAACGUCCUGGAGAUUGAAACGCGCCGACCGGCAAGUUUGGCUCAUAUGAGGGAAUGGCUCACCGAUGACGAAGGCGUCCUCGACGAUCUAUCUGCACCUGUCGGACCAGACAACCGCCGUCCAAUUGAUCACACCGAUGCCGCCCUGCCACACAGGUUGCCAUCGCCCGAGGAAAAGGCCAAAGCGGCCGCUUCGCAAGUCUUUCCAGCCGAGGUGGUGCGUCUGGACGUGACGGGCUCCGGUUUCGAGCGCAUGACCCAAUUCAGGCGCUCGCUGCAGCACUUCGAGUACGUCGACGCGUCGGCCGCGGCCGGACAGGCCAACGAAGCGCAACGGGCCGUCAAGGGCCGCAAGCGCAGCAAAAAGAAGUCGACCAAGAAGCGACGCAACACGAUCGCGUGCGACGGCGAUCGCAACGACAUCCAACACGCCCUCACCGCCGACACCCUCAACAGCAAUGACGGAGAAAAGUGCGGAUCGAGGAGUUCGUUGCGUCAGCGAUUGAAUUUGGUGCAUUUGCUGAGGACGUCGUUGAUGACGACGCCCUCGACGGGCAGCAAAGCAGCCUCGGCCGGCUCGGCCUUGACGUCGUCCGACAUGUCGUACGACGAGAGCGACACCAACACGCAGUCCAUGUGCAACACGACGACCGACGCCACGUCGCACGCCUCCAGCGAACUGGUUGUCCAGGUGACGGCCGGCAAUCUCGUGACGGCCACGCGGACCCGUUCCGGCGCCAUGAUGAACACCAUUUCCCGUCUGAGACGAUUGGGAACAGAUCACACCUUCGUUUCGGCUCCAACAGCGAUUCAGGUUGAUGUUCACGCGCCACCUCAUUGCAAUGCAAACGCAGCUGCUGGCGAUCCAAAGCGGGUCGAAUCGAACGCAAGAGAUUGCGAUCUCUACGAACUCAUUCCCAGCGAAAAAGAAUUUGGAACGUUGGGCACUGCCCGUCCAGCCAUGCGAGGUGUGAAACUGCGGGGCAACAAGGAAAAUAAAGAAGACGGCCGAUCGUCGUCCGGCAAUUGGUCAGCGUCCGGCAGUUCUUGCAGUACCAGAGCUUCGCUCGAUUCCGAUCAUCCGCGUCAUCAUCAUCAUCAUCAUCAACACCACAAGGCAACAGUGUCGCCUUUGGCUCAACGUCAUCCGAGGCUCGUCCAGCAGCCGCAAACGGCCAGAUCGUUUUCGCCCGAAAUGGACGCCGAUUCGGCCCUUUCGGGCGACGAUUGCAGCGCCACCACAACAUCCAGCAUCCAUCGAGCAGAAAACGGCCACCCCAAUCACAACGAACUCGAUCUGGAAACGAGUUCGCUGUACAGCUGCGACGCCGAAGGCUAUUACACCUCCUUCCACAUCGACAGCGGCCUCAAAACCCUCAAGGAAGGCCAAAGUGAUGGAAGUUUACACAAGAAUCGGACGUCCGUCACCGUGGAGAAGGAAACCAACGGCAGUGAUCGCUCAUCCGGAAUGAGUUCCGCUUCCGGCGGCAGCACUUGUGGCCAGGCGAUGGUCGUGGCCACGCCGGAAAAUGAAUACGAACUAUUCGGCAAGGGGAGCACGCUGUCCAGCGCAACCACCAGCUCGGCCGGUACAGUCAUAUUCCGGCCGGAUGGGCUCAACAGCCGAAAAAAGAGGAACAGCCAACCGCCGGAACCGCCGCCGCGCAACGGCAGCAACCGAAAUUCCGUCGAUUCCGGCCAAAUCCGCAAACUUCCGGAAUUAGUGAGCGAAGCGGAAUCGAAAGAAAUUGCGGAUGCGUUAAAACAAUUGAGAAACAACGAAGUAGACACCUUACAUUCGCCGGAAGCAGAGCCCAUGCGAGCCAAUCUGACCCAAAUUGAGCGCAUUCCGGCCAUGUGCGUCAUCACUCCAUCCAUCACUCCGUUGCCCAGCGACGAGGAUUUCCAAGACGUUGCUGGAACUGCACGCGCGACGAGUCUCGAGUCCCACAUUCAAUCCGCAUUCCUCCAACAAGUGGCCGCGUCCGAUGUCCGUCCGGCGGGUAGGACGCGGGUCAACGUGGCUGACCUUCCGGCUGCCGUUCCAGCCUCCACCGAAGCGACGCCCAUCGUCAUCAAGGCGUCCGUGGUCAAAUGUCCAACCGACCAGGAACUCGUCGCCCUCAGUCAGCUGCCAACGGCCGAUUCCGAAACGAUUCAACCGUUUUCGUCCGCCGGAAGCAGCGAGAGUUCGCGUUCCAGUUCGCUGGAACGCAAGAAGCGGGGCGCUAGGGUGACGUUGGAUUCCGAUGGCAAAGUCGUCUACAGCUCAGACUCUUUGAAGAGGAGAAAGGCCCAAGCUGGGCACAGCACGUUCGUCGAGCCGGGCCAAAAUCAAGAAAGGAAAUUGGAUCCUGGAACAUCGGCUUUCCGUCCGAACCCGAUCGGAUCGACUGGAGCAACCGUGAGUCAUCAGAGUAAGCCUCUCAGUCCGCCUCCGUACCGGCCAGCUCCGGCGUUCAACAGUGUGCGUUCAUCCUCAACGAUUCCAGCCGUGAGGACCCAACCAGACGGGCAAAGUUCAUCGACUGGAAAUGGAAUUCCGACGAUUAUGGUCUCGCGAUCCGACAGCUAUCGACUGGCCAACGUAGACGACCAGGUGGACAACGCAAGUGAUGGCGCGUUCCAGCGCAAUCGAUCCGACAGCUACCGCAAAGCCAAUCAGACUCUAUCGACGGCUCCCGUGUCCAGCAGACUCGCUCCACUUAGCCACACCGUAAGCGGAUUCGCAGUCAAUGGAGAGACGAGACCCCGACAGAUGGCUGGAACGGGUCAAUUCAUUUCGGGACACUUGACCGACAGAUGGGCCAAUAACACUGGCCAGCCAAUGAAUUAUGCCAUCAAGAGCCCCAUGUUGGUCAAGCAAAUAUCCAAUCCGGCUUUCAAUGCCGUCCAGGCCAGCUCCAAUGCCCGGCCUAGUAGGCAAUUUUACAAUCGUCAAGUGUCCAGUCCAGCAAUGAUGACAUCCAGCCCACUGCUCGUAAAGCCUACCAAUGGAAUCAAUAAUCCCAACGUGGCCGGAAGGCGCAUUUACGGCGGUCCUCGUUUAUUAGUUAAUCCCAAAAUCUUUUCAUCACCGACCCAUCAAAACAAGAGCGGCAGUGUCAGCAGCCUCAAUUCGAGUGGUGGCAGUGGAUUGGAUAUUUCCAUGACGAACAAGAAAUCCGGAUUGAACGGUGUUCCACCUAGUCCGGUCGUCCGUCCACCGACCAAUGCGCAGGAUCGUCCCAGCUUCUUCAACAUCACUCCAGAUGGCGAUGGAAUCACAAAAUUGAAUGGCGCUUCAUCCAAUAAUUCUUCACCUCUUCCGGGCUAUCAGUCGUUGUCUCCUCCGCCCAGGAUGUCUUCAUUGCCUUUAGCCCAGCUAUCUACGUCAACAUCAGCAGAAUUUAAACGAAAAGAUUUCCGCUACAAUUCGCUCCCAGCUCGAUUCAAAACAGUAGCUGAUUAUUAUGCAUCUUUAACUGGAAGAUGCUCAUCACUCGAACCUGAAAACCAUUUGCCGAGCCCGAAAUCUGGAAAUGUCGAAAGAAGAACUAGCACACUGCCAUCUCCGUCGAAAGCAGCUGCAAUGGCAUCCAGAAAUGGCGGAAGAGAAAGCCCAGAAGAAGGCGGAUUCCUGGAAUUUUCAGCUAAACGUUCCAAUUCAUUCAGCUCUUCAACGGCUUCCGGAUCUCCCGUUAAUGUCCAGCAUCAACAGCAACAAGGAGAAUCAUCGCCAACACCAUCGUUUUCCUCUUGUUCGCUCGAUGGUUCCUUUUCUACGUCCAGCUUGAACGAUUCCGUCGAUAUCCGGCCCGGUGCUUGGCCGUUGCGACCAUCAGAUGCUGCAGCACCAUCGUCAUCAUCUCCACAACCGAAAAUGGUUGUCCAUUCAAUCGGAUUGGUCAAACGAACCACCAUUUCCGAUUUCAAACGUAAGCUGCUUCAGCAGCUCCAUCACCCGGCGUCUAAUAAAAAGAUAUCGGCCGUAGAGCAACUCAAAGCUACCCAACCUCCACCAGCCGGAAUCGUCAAAGGAGGGCCGCCCAUUUCUCCUGAUAUUAGUCCAGUGACCAAACAUCCAGCACUGGAGAAUUUGAUUCGUCGUAGUGCUAGAGUGAGCUACAUCGCCAGUCGGCUUAGUCAGCAGCAACAGCAACGAAAUAACCGGUUUCAUCCACACUACAGUCCAAGAACGGAUGUGUUGUCCUCCACCAUUGCAGAGGGUCGAAGCGAGGAAGAACUGGCUGCGGCAGAUGACGAUACAGCCACCGUUUCUUCAGCUACUAGCAGCAACGGAGCUAGUGUCCGUAGACAUUUAUCUUUUCAAGCAAACUCACGUCGUGGGUCGUCCACUCCUUCUAGUGGUAGUUCUACACCCAUUGAAACAUCUCUCUAGUUAGUGGGAAACAAUAAUAAUUCAUUCGAAUUCCAGUCAUAAUUUUCUAUUUAGUGUAAGAUACCUUAAACUGCCUGAAUUGUUUGUGCCUUUAGUAUUGCAUUUCACUUAUUAUUAAAUCCAUAUUUGUUGUCAAGACAUACAUCGAAGCCUUGCAGUGCCUGUACAGAUAAACAUAUAAUAGAAUUUUAGCAUUAAAUAUACUCUGAGAAAUCUU